GGAGAGAUUCAUUGACACCACCAAUUACAUCACAAACCGAAUAGAACGUGUCGCCACGAGUAUGCAGUCCGAGUCAGAUAGCAUGGAAUGAAGACAAUGUUUUCGAGCAUUCGGGGAUUUUUGAGUCGCCACAGGCGUAAGUUCAUAUUUGGGAGCGUCGUCAUUAGUGGCGUCAUCUUUUUGACGCGUUACACGCAGCGCAAGCUGCGAGAAUGGCAAGAGAACGAGAUAAGGAUGCUAAUGGAGAGGACAAAGAAGCGACAGUACUACGAGAGCACGGAGAGAUCGUGCAAUCAAAUGAUAUCGUCCCUCGCGGUGACCCUGAGGAGCUCCGUGGUCAAGGAAAAUGACACAGAGAUCAUCAUAAAUCAACUUAGGGACGGCUCUGCCAACAAGAUAUCGUCCUGGAGCGAGUUGAAGGUGUUGGCGAUCACGCGAUCGGCCGUAUUAAUUUAUUCUUAUACCAUGCUAGUUACAUUUCUUAGAAUUCAGCUAAAUUUGAUUAGCGGUCACAUGUACAAGGGCGCGCAGAAUGUAAACAACGGGGUUAUCGGUAGCGAGGUGCAAGCGAGAUACAUGGCUCUCUCUAGUUAUUUUAUAUACAAGGGCAUUAAAGAUUUGAGCAGUUUCGUAAAGAGUAAAGUUGUCGAGGUCACCGCUUCGUUGUCCCUGACGGAGAGAUUGACGUUGAGAGAUUUAGAGCAAAUUUAUUGGGCGGUAACAUCUUCCGUGUCUGCCGACAGUUCGAGAGACCCUGUGAAGAAUUUCACCUAUUACACGUUGCAACACGAUACCGAAAACAGCGACACGUCCGUCUAUUCGAAGCUACGGGAUCAGAUGUUAGACGUGUCCGAGAGCGAGGAAGUACAGGAUUUAAUGCAGAAAAAUAUCAGAAGUGGAUUCGCUUUAUUAAUGGAUCAUAUAUCUUCGUACUUCAGCGAACCUGCCAAAACUAAUGGUGUACAGGACAAGACAUCGCUUUCAGAAGGAUCAAGCACUAGAAAUUCGAUUUUAACAAGGGGAGAAGCCACGAGCGAUGCGAGUGGAUUUGUAGAUGUUAACAAAACCGCAAUGGCCCUGGCCAAAAUUAUCCCUAUUGUAAACGGCCAGAUUCCGGAUAAUCCAAUGCCGAACGACUUAGCAGCGGACUGGCUUCAACAGCUGAUGUUAAAUAAUGAUCUUAAAACACUCGGGGCGAAUCUUUACGAGGCAGUCAGCUAAAGUUAAUAGUGAGUCAAUAUUUUGAAAAUUAAAUGGAAGAAUUACACUAGUUUACAGCAAAAAAUUACUUUGAACGGACUAGGAGUUUUUUUAUAGAUUUUUGAAUGCUAAAAAUGAUCCUUAAAAACGUGGCUAAAAUCUUGCUAUUGAAAUUUUUAAAAAUGCAUUUUAUAAGAAAUAAUAAGUUUAUGACUUCUGAUCGGAAUUUCAAAAUUAAUUAAUGAACACGUUUCGCAGAUCGUGUAUAUUACUGUAUAUAUAUUCUCUCACUGAACAGAAUAUAGUCUUUCUUUUGGUUCAUAUUUCUUUUUUAUCUAUUUUUGAUCUAUUUUUGUCGUAUCUUCCAAUUGAUUCCCUCACACACAUACAUAUAACGUUACUGAUGCAAAGUAAUUUCGACACAAAUCCAGUGAGAGUGGCACAGACCAAUCUGUCAUAUAGAUAUUUUUCCGCAAAAUCCUUUGACUAUUGCGUUUUAGACAUCUGUUGAAUAUUUCAGAGUAAAAUUUUAUAUUUAUCUUUUUCUUCUAUUUUUUUGUGUUCUCCUUUCUUUACAAAAAAAUUUCAAAUAUCGCCAAAAAAGCCAUUUUUUGACAUUAAACUUUAAUUAUCUUCGAAACCUGACGUGCUGAAUAAGUUUGGUUUGCGGCAUCGUUUUUAGCAUCCAAAAAUCUGUAAGAAAUAUGUAGUCCCGUUCAAAGUAAUUAAAAAAUUUUUUUUUGUAAACUAGUGUUAUUGCUUGCACAAUUGAAGAAGCAAUCAAUUCUUCGCAACAAUAUAAUUUCCUUUGAAUGUUUUUUCAUAUUCAGGUACAAGGUGUUUUUUGUAUCGCAGAAAAUUUUAUUAUGUAUCUUUAUUAAAAUUAAAUUAUAUAUCAUUAGAUUAAAACACAUGGUUAACGGUUUCA